GCCCCCGGAUUUGCUUCCCCCGGAGGCUCUGCGGUCACGGGGACAGGGACAGGGAGAGGGAGUGAGGGGCUGCCGCUGCCGCCCGCCGCCGGGAGCCAUGAGCGGGGCCGCCCGCUGCCUGCGCCGCUACCCCCAGCUCCCGGUCUGGGUGGUGGAGGACCAUCAGGAUGUGGUACCGUUCAUCUAUCGAGCAAUCGGUUCAAAGCAUUUGCCAAUUGAAAAUAUUGCUCUGGUUCACCUGGAUUCACACCCAGACCUUCUCAUCCCAGUUGACAUGUUAGCUGACAGCGUUUUUGAUAAGGAGUUACUUUUUGGAGACCUGAGCAUUGAGAACUGGAUCAUGCCUGUUGUUUACGCUGGCCAUUUCUCUGAUGUCUUUUGGCUUCACCCUCUCUGGGCCCAGCAGAUCACCGACGGGAAGCACCACUUCUUUGUUGGUAGAGAUCCCUCAACGAAAACCAUCAGGGUUACAAGUGGCGAGAGCUACUUUCUGAGUGAUGGACUGUACGUAUCGGAGAGUCUGCUGGAGAACAGGAAGCAGUUAGGAUUACAGGUCAUUCCAAUAGACCCAGGUGAGCAGAGCAGAGAUGGCUGUGAAGAACUGGAGGAAAUCAGAACAUCAGCCGCCAAGAAACCAAAAAUGGAGCAGUUAACCAACAUAGAAGGGGUAUCCGGGGCUCUGUGUGCCUCCUCAUCCAAACAGAACAAUCCACCAUCUAAGUACAGAUCUGAUGAUAACAUUUGUCCAGUUACACACUCCACAACUGACAGACACACACAGGAAACCAGUCCAUCCCCCACAGCAGCAACAAGUGCUCAGACUGUACAACAAGAGAAGAAAAUGGUUAAGGAUCUUCUUCAUGUCUUGGACAAAAGAGAUGCCUUCAUCCUGGAUAUUGACUUGGAUUUCUUUUCAGUUAAAAAUCCCUUCAAAGAAAUGUACACUAAGGAGGAAUAUGAAAUUCUCAAACAGUUGUACAGUUUUAACAAACCUGAUCGGGAAGACUCUGAGGAGGCCUUGAUCGAUUGUGUGGAGGCUCGUACAAGACAGUUGGAAGAUAUGGAAGCUGCGUUUGCAGAUUUGUGUGAAGAUGAUAGCGAAGAGAGUGUACAGAAGUGGGCAGCAAUCCCUGGCCUGGAAAAACUCACUCAGCUUGUGCUUAGCCUUAAGGAGAGACUGGGAACACCUGACUAUGAAAUGGUUCACCAGGCGGGGCUAACGUGUGAUUACUCGGAACUUCCACACCACAUUAGCACUGAGGAAGAGAUAAACAAACACAUGGCUGCUGUAAAACGGUUGCUUAAAGUUUUGCCCAGGCCAACUCUCAUUACCAUUGCAAGGUCCAGUCUAGAUGAUUACUGUCCAUCUGAACAGGUAGACUCGAUUCAAGAGAGGAUGUUAAAGUGCUUUUUGGAUCCCAUUACCUCGUGUUAAUGAUGCAGUGACCAGAGGAAAUAGUUCUUCUCCAUCAGAAUUUCUCACCAUCUUGAAAACCUUGCUAAGGACACCUCUUGACCAUCUCUCUUCCAAGGAGAACAUUAUGAACAUUUGCAAGCCCCUCUUGCAACGAAAGUCCCCCAUUCCUGGUAACAUCCUGAUAACAUCCUCUGUGUCUGUUCUGAGUCUGAGUGAAGUUAGUCACAAUACAGUUAAGUUUCUGAUCAACAGCAAGCACAAGGUAUACUUGGUCCUAUUUCUCCCUAAGGGACAGAGUGUGGUGUAGUGGUAAUAUCACUGAAUUAGUAAUUUUGAGGCAUACACUUGUGCUUUGGGAACCUUAAAUUCAAACCUCACCCAAUUGAAAAGGAAUCUGGAAUUAAAAGGUAGUCUCAGCUCAGUAACAGUGACCAUGAGCUAUCAUUGACAGCAUCUUCAA